CCCACUGGUUAUACUUCAUCAUAAUGGCAAAACUGAUAGUGCUCGCAACACUACUACUAAUUGGAAUAAACGGAUGGUCGUUGGAAGGAAGAAGUUCUCAGGUGUCAGCACUAAGCAUCGGUUACGAACUUAUAGCUGCCAUGUUGGAUACUCUUAAUGCGAAUGUGCAAAAGGCUAACGAAUUAUCCGAAGAACAGUUCAAGGUGUUGAAGGAAGAGCUCGCGAGUAUACGGGAAACUGUCCGGAGCAUCGAAUCUCGAACGAAGGAAAGCUCCUCCGGACAAACAGACAGUAAUGCAGAUAAUCGGCGAACAGUGCAGAGCACCGAAGCUCGGACGGAGGAAAAUUCUGUGACGACGCAACGUAUAACACUCGCAAAUCUUAGUGAAAAUAUAGACAAAGCAACAAAAAACGCAUUUUAUGAAACGAUAAUAAGCUAUUGGAAGAAUAAUUGAAAGGUUUCAGAUUGAUUGAAUGCAAAAAAUUCUGAAAACAAAAAAAAAAUAAUCCAACUAUUUUGGUAAAACAGUUUUGUCUCAGUUCUUCUGUAAAUUUGUAGACUUAAAAAAAUCGAAAUAAAAUCUGCUAGGAUUCAGAAAACAAAAUUGCCAAACUGUUUACAAAAUGUUAAAUAAAAUCGUUAAGUUUAUUAACAGAAUCAUAUUUUUUAAGCAAUGCAUAAGCAGCUCUGAAUUCUAAAAUGAAAAUUUUUGUAAAUCUGUUUUUAAGUGACUCUCAACUUGUCUAAUAGCAAACAACGAUAUAUCGUCCUUUAGUACAGUAACAACGCUUCACGUAAAUCAAGCAAGAAUUGUGAAAAUCCAGGUGAACUUAAUUCUUCCUUUGCAUCUAAGUGUCACAUUUUCUUCUUAACAAUGAUGAAUGUUGUGCAUUUUUAGUUUAUAAUUCGGAAUUCGUG